CUCCCCGUCUGGCUAUCGCACUCCUUCCUAGAACAUCUACUCUGACUUGGAACGGAUAGAAACUCCAGAUGAACUCGCCACUUGCUAGCAAGCCAUCCAUAACCUCUGGUUGCGAUGUCGAAGUUGUUGUUCGGCGCCCCACUCCUUCAAACGUCCGUAGAUAUACUCUGCUUUUGAUCUUCUGCAUUACGCAGUUUAUAUACGCACUCACCAACUCGGCAUUGUUCUCCGCCAUCCCUUCCCUUGUCCGGAAGUUUGGCUUCACCCAAAGCCAGUCAGUUUGGAUCAUUAGUGCAUACCAAUUGACUUUUGCAUCCUUCCUCCUUAUGAGCGGAAAAAUCAGCGAUAUAUACAAUCCUAAAUACACCUUCAUAACCGGCAAAUUCAUUGUCGGGGUAAUCUCCAUCGGCCUCGGUUUUGUCUCCGAUGGUAUCUUAUUCCUUGCACUGAGAGCCCUAAGUGGAAUCGCCGCAUCGCUUACCGUACCAUCGGCCCUAGCACUGCUUGUCGGACUUUUCCCUGAGCCUAGGCAUCAAGCAGUAGCUAUUGCGUCAUUUGGAGCUUGGGGAUCAAUUGGCAUCGUAUUGGGUCUAAUUACCGGUGCCCUUUUCGUCGAACAUGCCGGCUGGAGCUGGGUAUUUUGGUUUGUGCCGAUGGUGAUCAUACCAACUACAUUCAUUUCUGCGGUACUUAUUCCUACACCAACAAAAAAUGUGGUUCGAGAGAGCGGUUUCACCAAAUUCAGGAGUCUUGAUGUCACCGGAAUUUCAAUUCUUACAGUUGCCGUUAUACUCUUUAUAUUUUCUGUGACAACAGGGUCCACUACGAGCUGGGGAUCAGCCAUCACACUAGCACCCUUGGUCAUCGCCAUCGCCAUGAUUACUGCAUUCUUUUUCUGGGAGGCCUUUCAGCCAAUUGAAUGUGCCGCCGUACCAUCUUCCACAUGGUUCAUUCCGAAUUUCUCUGUUCUAUUCGGAACGGCUCUUCUACCAUAUUUCUGGUGGGCAAACAUAUUCACCACCUAUGUGUCCCUGUGGCAAGAUAUCUACAAAUGGAGCCCUAUGUCCUCUGCUGUCCACAUGCUUCCAAUAGGCAUCACCGCCUUUGUCUUCAGUUUUGCCAGUAGGGUAAAGGGACUCAGCAGCAUGAGUGCCAAGUGGCCCAUACUUUGUGGAGCCCUAAUGAUGAUGUUGUCACUUGUGUUAUUCGCCUUCGCCGACACUCCUGACAAGUACUGGCCGUUGGUAUUCCCCGGAUUCAUCCUCGGUUCCGCCGGUGCAAUGUUAGCCAACAUUUCUGCAAACGUUAUAUCAACUCACACAGCAUCGCGAUAUUCCGAGCUACGACCCCCUCCUAUGGCAGGCACCGUGGGCGCCAUAUUCAAUUGUGGUCUGCAACUUGGCUCCGCUGUUGGGUUGGCUGCCGUCGGUUCUAUUCAGGCGAGUGUGCAAGUCAGAAAUGGGGGCCCUUCAAAUUAUCAAGGCCAGUCUGCUGGCUUUUGGUUCAUGCUGUCCUGCAUCUCUGUUGCUGCAAUGGCCGUUAUAGUCUUCUACCGCACCGACACGGCCCGAAAUCGUGUCAAAGGAACAGUUGUCUGUGAUGAAAAGUAAAGCAAUGUUCAGUGAUAUUGCAAAAGGCUAUAGUUUCUUGCCCUGAGAGCGAAGUGAAGGCGGAGUGGUGGAUGCGACGAAGGAAGGCGCGCCGAAAUGUGUUACAUGAGGUGAUGAAGGCAACAGGAGGGGGCACUAAGUCUUGAGGACUAGUUAUGAUCUUUAUAGUGACAGGUUAUGCGUAUUGAUGUAGAAUAAUGACAAGGCUUGGGAUGAGGCUUUAUGAAAUUGAGACUCACAGAGUUCUAUUUGCUUACCUCAGUAUUUUUGUUGACGUGGAUGGCGGCGGAGCAGCGGUAGAAGUCAGAGCU